AUGGAUGCCAGCGAACUUGCCUAUGAGAUCCUCUCUCUGUUACAGAUUGUCUUUGGGGUCUCAGGGAAUGUGUUCCUCCUCCUGGUUUGUGCACACGUCGUGUCCACCACCCACCGGCUGAAUCCUCUAGACUUGAUCAUCGCCCAUCUUGCCCUGGCCAACACCAUGGACCUUCUCAGCCGAGAGAUCCCUGACAUCCUGUCAGGUUGGGGGCUGAAUAAUUUCCUGGAUGACGUUGCUUGUAAAAUCCUCUUAUACAUUUAUCGAGUAGCCCGGGGUCUUGCCAUCUGCACCACCUGCCUCUUAAGUGUCUUCCAGGCCGUCACCAUCAGCCCUAGCACCUCCCAGUGUUCAGGAGUCAAAACUCAAUUCCCCAAGUGCAUCCUCCCCUCCUGUCUCUUCUCCUGGGUCCUCAAUCUGCUUUUUGACAUGACUACACUGAGAGGUGUCACGGGACCUGGUAACACCACCAGCACACAUAGGGUCAUCCUCCUGAAAUACUGCUCUUCCAUUAGUGUCACUGUAGUCACAACGCUAGUCAAUGCAGUGGUGCUCUGCCUCCGUGAUCUGUUCUUCGUGGGGCUCAUGAGUGCGGCCAGUGGCUACAUGAUAUUUGUCCUGUACAGUCACCACCGGCAGGUCCGACACCUCCACGGUCCCGGAUACUUCCCCAAGGCAACGUCCGAGGUCAGAGCAGCAAAGCGAAUCAUUGCCCUGGUCACCCUCUACGUCCUCCUGUAUGGACGGAAUGCAAUCACCCUGAGUUUUUUAUUAAAUAUGAAGAUAAAUUCCCCUCUCAUGCUUAAUAGCAACAAUAUUAUGUCAUUCACUUUUUCAGCUGUCUGUCCAUUUUUGAUGAUUCUGAGUGACAGGAGGAUGAGAAUGUUCUGGAAAAGGGAUUCUCGCAUUCCCAACUGUGAUCCCUCUUAG